AUGGCCAGAACCACCAUCACCAUUAAGUGGGAACCUCCAGACCAUACUCCUCUUAAGCUCAAUACUGAUGGAGCAUGCCAAGGAAACCCAGGAGUAGGAGGCAUAGGAGGAGUCUUUAGAGAUAAAAGUGGAAACUGGGUUUUAGGCUAUAUGAAAGGACUUCCACAUACCACUAAUAAUCUUGCUGAACUAACGGCUAUCAUGCAGGGACUCAGAUUGGAACAUAAUCUAAAGCCUUUAGAGAUCAACACUGAUUCAACUGAAGUAAUUAAAAUGAUAAAUGAAGGACACUUGCCUUAUAGCUCUAUAAUUUCUUAUUGCAGAUGCUUGAUGAGAGAGCUGGGAUGUCCGGUGGUAAAGCAUAACUAUCGAGAGCAGAACAAGGUGGCAGACCUGUUAGCCAAGGAGGGGGGAAAGCAGCAGCUUUCUGAAGGGAUGGAUAUCCUGGCAGUUCCGCCAAUGUUUGUUAGGCAAGUUUUUGAAGCAGACAGGGUGAGAAUUGCCUUUAACCGUAAUAUUUUGUUACGUAACACCUAUAAAGGUGCUCAAAUCAGACAAUCUAAUGGCUCCAAUGCCAUUAACUCUUUUGUAUCCUCUGUAGAUAUAAUGUAA